AUGAAAGAGAAAACGUUCGAGGUGAUAGUGAAGGGAACUGAAGACGAAGAAACGACGACGAAACGUAAAUUUCCAAGGACUUUUCAUGGAUUUCCAUCUAAUCCUGAGAAGAGAAAGCAAUGGCUUGUUCAAAUGCAUCGUGAGGACUGGUCACCUACAUCACACUCCAAAAUAUGCUCGGAUCAUUUUGAAGAGGAAAAUAUUGACAGGACAGGGCAAAUUGUCAGAUUAAAGGCUAAUACAGUGCCAACAAGAUUUAAAAAGUUUCCAAAACAUCUUCAAAAGGUAUAUUUCUAUUUUAUGGAUACUAAGCUACAAGUAAACGAAAGAACCCCAAAAAAGAGGCACCAUCUGGAAGUUUCAUCAAGUGAGCACCAAAUUGAAGAGGACAAAGACAUGGAAGCUAAGCCAGCAAAGAUACAACAUAGUAAACAUAGUUACUGCUUUGUUGAUUCACCAAGAGAGUUAAAACAGAAGCUAAACAAGAGUAAUGAGAAAAUAUGUCAAUUGAAGAACUUAAAAUACUCACAGCAGAAGUCACAUCGUUUAACUCGCCAACGUCGAUUAUCCCGUUCUCUAGGCCUAUCCUAG